UCCAUAACCCAAUCCCACGACCAACCCCUAAAUAUAUAAACAUAUAUUAUUUCUUUGUUUUCCUGCUUUUAACUAUGUAAUAAUUAAUUUAUUAAUAAUAUAUAUAUAUUUCCUCAUCUCAUUCUCAUCAUAUAUAUAUAUGUAUCACUAGUUUGAUCAUCCGAUGAUGGAAAGAUCUUCAAGUAGUAUGAGCUCCGAUCAUGGUGGUGGGGUUGGGAAAAAUUGCUAUAGAGGGCACUGGAGGCCAGGCGAAGAUGAAAAGCUGAGAGAAUUGGUGGACCGGUACGGCCCUCAAAACUGGAAUUUCAUCGCAGAACAUCUACAAGGAAGAUCAGGAAAAAGUUGCAGAUUAAGAUGGUACAACCAACUGGAUCCAAACAUAAACAAGAAACCAUUUACAGAAGAAGAGGAGGAGAGGCUUCUAGCAGCUCAUCGGAUAUAUGGCAACAAAUGGGCUUGUAUUGCUAAGUACUUCCAUGGAAGAACUGACAACGCUGUCAAGAAUCAUUACCAUGUCGUCAUGGCCAGAAGGAAACGAGAACGUUUCUCUUCCUCCUCUUCCUCACCUAAUUCCCACCACUUAAUCCACAACCACAACCACAACCACAACUACCACCAUCAUCAUAUACUUAGUACUACUACUACUACUACUACUUCUUCUAAACCCACCACCACUACCACCACUUCUACACCUUAUUAUAAUAUUAAUAAUAAUACCAGUCCCAAAUUAGGGCUUCUCAACUUCAAAACUCCUGACCUUGCUACUGCCCGGGAUCAUCGUCAGAAAAUGAGAAUUUGGGGAAUUUUGUCUUCUUCGACUUCGAAUUCUAAUUUGGGUAUGUCAGGGAGUAAUAAUAAUACUAGUUUCACUACAAGGGAUUUUUAUUCAACUAGUACUACUACUCGUGAUGAACUUCCUCAUCAUGGUCCCAAUAAAGAUGGUAAUAAUCGUGAUCAUACAGGUUUAAUGGGAAUAGAAGAGAGUAAUAGCAGUGUUAUUAAUGGAAACCAUAAGAGCAAUAUGUUGCAGGUGAUGAGAGUAGGAAAUAUGGCUUCUCAGAAAGAAAACAAAGAUCAUGAUCUUCAUCAUCAUCAUCAUCAGGUGCCGUUUAUAGAUUUUCUUGGUGUUGGGUUAACUUCAUCUCUAGCUACCUAGCUUAUUAUAUUAUAUAAAUAUAUAAAAAAUAAGUUCUUAAUUUAUUUAGGUUUGAAUUAAAGUUAAUGGAGUUUUUAAAAUUUUUAAUUAAUUAUUAACUAUAGCUAUUAGCUCUCUAGUUUAUAUUACUAUUAUUUUCCUACAAAUAUGGACAUUUUAUUUAUAAUUGUGUAAUGUGUAGUAUAGUCCUAAUUUAUCCGGAGAAAUAUCUUAGAAUUUUAAUUUAUUUGUUGGACUCGGAUCAAUAUUUGAUCUAUCAUUUCUAGUAAUCAAUAUAUAUGUUCAUUAUUGUGUCGAUUAAUUAGUAGUAGAACUACAAUCCAAUUUAUUAGAAUGUUUUUUUUUAGUUUUCUUUUACUUUUUUUCUUUUGUAAGGCAAAUUUAUUAGAAUUUUGAUUCAUUACAAUUUACAAU